GUUAUUUUAUGUGAAAAAAAUCUUAAACAGUGUUCUACACAAAUGAACAUUUAAAAAAAUGAUGUCAUAGUCCCCAUCAGUCCGUGGUCUGCGACUCACAUCUCAUGUAUCUUUUCUCUCUGUCUGAUGUUUUGGUGCAACAUGAUACAAGAACAACUGGUGAGUGUGUGCGCGCGUUGCGACACCACCAGGCUCAGGAAAGCAGAGAAAUAUUCACCAAGUAUCCACCAAACAUCAUCCCAGCAGCAGCUGUACAGCUUUUGGGUUAAUUUAGGAGCUCUACCGUUUGCCUUCAAAAUAAAAGUGGAACGUGUCCCUUCACGAACUGGAAACGCUCUGAUUAAUCGGACUUCCAUCCGUUAUCGCAGAAUUAGAGGCAGUUCUUUGCAAAAAAUAUCAGGAAUCAACAAAAGAAAUGUAUUAUUAUUUUUAGAGCCAUUUCCGACGGACGGUUUGUAUGUGGGUGUUUUAUUCUGAAAGCGUUCGCAGGACACCGCUACGUUUUGAUCUCUGUGAGCUUGACAGAUGUUUUACACCUGGGCACUGAGACGCUCUUCGCAUCCAGUCUCUAUAGGAGCGUGUGUGUGUGUGUCUGUGUGUGUGUGCGUGUGUGCAGUCUCAUUGAUGAACGCGCCACGUUGGUCGGAACCGGGGAACCGACGACAUGUCCGCUCUCCACAUCAGAGGGAUUCUUCUCACUAUGUAUUUGUCUUCAACUGCUUUGUCCAGCCUGCAUCCUGAGUGUGAGAUUGUUUUCCAGCUGGAGAAGGAGGAGCGCAGCUGCCUUCGGCACAUCACAGAGCAGAGCAACAGUAGCACAGAAGGUUGUCGGCCGUUCUGGGACGCAGUGGCCUGCUGGCCUCAGGCGGCCGUCGGGGAAACCGUCCAAAGAUCUUGUCCGGACUUCUUCUCCUUCUUCAGAAACAACACAGGUUCAGUGAGCCGUAACUGCACCAGAGAAGGUUGGUCCGGACCUUUCCCGCCGUAUCACAUCGCCUGCAGUGUGGACGAUGACAUACCAGAGACGCAGCGGUCCUACUUCGCCACGGUGAAGCUGAUAUACACCGUCGGCUACAGCAUCUCUCUGGUGGUGCUGGCUGUGGCUGUGAUGAUUCUGUUGCUCUUCAGGAGGCUGCGUUGUGCCAGGAACUUCAUCCACAUCCAGCUUUUUGUCACGUUCAUCCUAAAGGCUGCAGCCGUGUUCAUAAAGGAUGCGACUCUGUUCUCGAGUGAUGACACCAACCACUGCACCCUUUCCACGUUUGCCUGUAAGGCCUCUGUGGUCUUCUGUCACUACUGUGUAAUGUCCAAUUUCUUCUGGCUCCUGGUGGAGGCGCUUUACCUCAAUUCCUUGCUGCUUUCGUCCUUUUAUCACAGUCCUCGAUGCCUCUGGGGCUUCUGUCUGCUCGGAUGGGGGGUACCUGUGUUCUUCACCAUCCUGUGGAUUGGAUCCAGGAUGUAUUUUGAGGACACAGAAUGCUGGGACAUUAACGAGGACUCACCCUAUUGGUGGAUCAUCAAGGGACCGAUUGUUGUGUCUAUUGCGGUCAAUUUCAUUCUCUUCAUGAACAUCAUCCGAAUCCUGAUACAGAAGCUCAACCCUCGUCUGAUCCACUUCAAUAACUCCUCUCAGUACCGACGCCUGACUAAGUCCACCCUCCUCCUCGUCCCUUUGUUCGGUACUCAUUACAUGGUCUUCAAUUUUCUGCCUGACCACUUCAAUGUGAACCUGCGCCUCUGCGUCGAGCUGUGCGUCGGAUCCUUCCAGGGGCUCCUCGUAGCGAUUCUGUAUUGCUUCCUCAAUCAAGAGGUCCAGAAAGAGGUCCACAAGCAAUGGCUGAGGUGGCAGGAACGGAGCUACGCUGUGGUGUCACCCGCUGCAAAAUGCAGCCAGAUGGACACACCCUUCUAGUGGAGAUGGACACACCCUUCUCGUGGAGGCCUCCACCCUCAUCCUCUCUUCUGCUGACUGGACUUUCCCCUGCAGGACGGCUUUUGAGCACCGCCAUUGGCUGCCCAGGAAUGCACAGUACACAAAAUGCCAGUGAUUGUCGGCCGUAAGAUUUCAUUCCGAGCUCAACGGUGGACUUUUUUUAGUGGGUUUUGUCCUUUCUGCCAGGAUAGAGGAACCGGCGCGAUAACUUACCAAUGAUGAAUGAUUCAGAAACCAUAUUAACAUUUUGCACGUUUCAAUAGAGAUCCUUUGAAUUUCACAUGCAUUUCCCACAAGACACUUUGGCAUCAAUUUUAGAAAGCUUUAAGAUCUUCUUGGAGAGUCAGGAGGUCUAAUGAGGAAUGCAAAUUUAGCUGAGCUGAGAGAAGAGCCUAAACAUUAAAGAACAAGCACUUAAUCACUUAAUAUCCAGACAUUUUCAUUCGAGGCUGUACAGCCUACAGCGAGUGACAUAGAACAUUAUUCAUCACUAGCUGAAAGCUCGCAGGACGAUUAAAAAGUAGCUAUUGGUCUUUCUGCAUUAAAUGUUUUAUGCCGUAUUUGUGAUGGUUUAUUUAUUAUUUUAGAGUAAGCCAUGUCCCGUGGGGGAAAAAAAGCAAGGAAUAUAAUAUCUGUCUUCAAUGUAAAUAUAUGUGACGCUAAACUAUUAAAGUUAUAAAAAGAAUGACAAAUCAACACAUGUCAUUCCCAUAACAACUUUUAUUUGCGUUGGAUCUUCUUUUGUGAUAAUCUGGAUUUGUUUGUAUUGUUUAUUUUAGUUGAGCUUCUGGAGUAAAAUGUUUCAUCACUGCCCACUUUGACACCACGGAUGAUUUAAUGCAUAGAAAACAUUUACCUAAAACUGGAUACGUAAAGAAACUGUUGUGUCAUGUUGUUGCAUUUGGAGGAUGCCGCUUUUCUUGUGUCUCUGUGAUGUUAAAGCAUUAAAAUGUUCCCUCGGCUUGGCUACGGCGCUCUGCAGCAUCCUUCACAAAAUGAAGAUACCAACAACUGGCAGCUCAUGUUUAUUCUUGUGAUGAAGCCAUCAAAGUAAUUGUGACUGCGUGGAAAAGAUCUUUAACAAUGUUAAACGUUUUACAGUUUAUAUAUACGCCACAUGUUAUUGAUACGCUUAUUUUAGAUGUUAAACUGUGUAAGUGCUGGAGAGGAAAGACAUUACAAAUUAUUAGAAUAUUUUAAUGGUUUCCAAUGGUGAAAAGCAUGAAAGCCCAUUAGAUCCUUGACGUGGUAAACACAAUAAAUUGCUCUAUAUUGCUUAUAAUAAAUGCAUUUCCUUCGCA